AUGAAACUGAACACCGGCUGGUCAAAGAAGUGGCGGAGGCUUAGAUUGGUGCCGGAGCCCGAGUACUCCGUGACGAGCUUUACCCGAUCAAAGUUGACAGCUGCAGUCCUAGACGAGAAGGGUGAAAUUCGAAGCGAAGCCACAGCGCUGUUCAGCGAGGAGAACGACACCACCGUGGCCAAGAUCGCAUGGCUCAGCGGAAAGGAAAACGCGAAGGCCUAUGGUUCCAUGGUUGUCUAUCUCACUAAGAGCCUUGAUGCGCGGAGACUCCUGGCCGACGGGUACUUCCAUGCUGGAGGAGAAUCUGGCGUGACCAGCACCUUCGAGCACCGACCACGACCGAUGCAAUGCUACAAUUGUCAGGAAAUUGGACACAAGGCAUUCCAGUGCAAGAACAGCCAGAAGUGUGCAAGAUGUGCCGCGGAGGGUCACCGCCACAGCAGCUGCGACCAGACGGUUCCAAAGUGCAUUCCAUGCGGAGGCCCUCAUGAAUCGUACAGCAAGAACUGCCGGAAGCUCUAUCCAUCACGUCAUGAAUAG